GUGCAAACUUACGAGGUAGAAAGCAACAGCCUUCGAUCAACAGUUACUCGAGGCAGGAAAAAAUCUGCAAGCAUGCUCAACGCGGAGAGCAUCUUGCCAGAUCCUCCUGGUCAGCAGGGGGGCCUCGCAAACAGCGCCGCCCGACCCUCACCAAUGGUACCGAGGUCUUCUGAUACCAGCGGAACCGGCCUACCAAACGUUAUACCCGCCAAGCGGAAAUCGAUUCCAUACGUCCCUGGUGGACCCGAAGAGGAACACGCUCUACAGCGCGCUAGCGCACUGAAAGGGCGUCUAUAUACCGUCGUCAAGAAGGGCGAAGUCCCCCGCUUCGAUGUCAAGCGUGUCGAUCCAAAACGGGGUGGGGCAGCAGCAGCAGCAGCACAUCGCUUCGGCUCCGGGGCGAGGUUGGAGCCGAUAGAAGCGCAUGAGAUUGGACGAUCUGAUGGGGCGGGUGCACGUUUAGGAGGGAAAACUACAGAUGCAUCGCGACUGCGAGCGAGACAGGCGCAGGUUAUCCCGGCCAGUUCGGCCCGGUCUCAUUCAGCGAGGCGGAUGCUUGAUAGGGCAAGACAAAUUGUUGGAAUGGAGGAGAUGACUCCGGCGCAGGCCAACCAGGCUGUCGAACUCGGAAAGCCUGCACUUAACGUGAUUCCACCCAUCGCUGGUGAUGUUGACCGGGAAGAUGACUCCAAACGUUUGAGGGUGUCAGGAGUUGCGGAUGAUGGCUCUGAUCGGGAACUAGUCUCCCGGCAGCGGUCCGGGACCGUGGCAAUUGAAGACGAGACGCAGAAACGACAUGCGAAAGAGCUAUUUGCAUACAUCAAACAUCUCGAGAAUCAUCCGCAGGGCAAGGAAUUCCAAUAUAUGAACCCAAUAAAGACGUCGGUGAAACGGGGUCAACCGACGUUUAAUCCAUAUAAUCUGCAACUAGUAGAAUAUGCCGACACGGAUAAGACGGAGGGAUACUAUACCAUAAGUGCAGCGGGGGUGACUCAUUUCGAUGUUCAUGGGCACGGCGACUUUACGCCUCUUGCGCAAUGGAAACGCGAAUACGAUCUUUUCCACUCUCUCCUUCGCAUUCCAUUUUUCGGACACUACCGACUGUGGAAAUGCUUCUCCCAAUGGCGCAAAACGGUUUUGCAAACCAAAAUCGCGCAGAUUCGUCGGAGAUUGGCAAAGAACUUGUUUGUUGUGCAUCCAAUCUUGCGCACGGCACUACUCAAGAUUCGCGCUUGCUGCGUUGAUAUCGUCCUGACGAAGAGGCUGGUCAAGAUCGAGCCAGAUAGAAGCUAUGAGCUUCUGGACUUCGUGCGCGAGCAGAAGGACUGGAUUGAUCAAAUUAGUGGUGGCACACUGAAGGAAUGGGAAGAUCAAAUCCGGAAGCUGGUGGAGGACGCCGGAGUGGCUUGUUUGAAGGAGAAGGGUUUCGAUGUACAGAUCGAUCAAGAAGAAGGCGAGGAGGAAGAGAGCAUGGAGGUUACGGAGCAAGCAGUGCCGGACGUAGACGCUCCUGUCUUGGCUAUAGUCAAGAAGGCUGAGGGAGAAGUCGCCGAGCCGCGAAAGCUGACUUACACGGAACAAGCAGCGCGGCGAACAGAAUGCCGCAGACUGCAACGCUUUGUCAAAUUGGCAGAUUACAUGAUCGUGACAACCUUGCAUCUGCUCACACUGGAAAGCGUGCGUGAUCUGCUUCGCUUUGUUUUCAAGGGCUGCGUUGAUGCCGACGUCGAGGUAGAUGGCGCUGGGGGCGGAACCAUUACCAUCAGCGAUCCCGCCAUGCUUGGCGAGAGUGAUGGCAUGCUGCUUUUGCAAGAAGAGGCAGACAACAAGAACAAGCGCACGUUAGAGCGGACGGCAUCAUCCAACGGAGUUGACAUGGUUGGCCUGGGUGCCGGAGGAGUCGUGCAAGUGGGCGGAGCUGUCGUCGGUGAGAACAUCGGAACCGGCGAGAUCGGCGAGGCGGGCUUUGAAGGAUUCUUCAAUAUCCUCAGCAAAAUCGUCCGGCAAAGCAUCCCGGCAACAGAGCUCAUCGAGGUGAUUGAGGAGACCGGCCCAACAAACACGGGUGGUGACAUGAUGGACAUUGACCUCCCGGAGCGUCCAUCUCUCGGAGAGACAGCAGCCAGAUCCGCGCAAGUGGCUGAUAAGACUGGUAAAGAUGCUGGAAAGCACAGUCAAACGGACAGUGGCGCAAAAUACCAUCCGCUGUUCAGAAAUGAGCUCCUAUUGCAGCUCGCCACUGCCACCCGCAACUUGUAUUUCGCCCCGUCGCUCCCGGAUUUCUUGACGGCGGUCGACAUUUUGUUCAAAUCUUACCUGGGCAUCAUUGACAAAGUGGACCUCCUUACAAACACCAUCGAAUAUCUGGAUCCAGCCAAUGUUGCUGGAGGAGCCUACUCAUCUGUGCGCGGUCUCGAAGAGGGCGAGUACGGGGAGGGACCACAGAUUACCGCCAUAGUCAGUGAUGGCGCUUACUUUCGGGAACUCUGCGGUAGGAUUCGAGGCGUCCUCGUCGGAGUUUUCGCCAAUGCAUCAGAAUGGAUGCAGACAUGGGAAGAAGUUCGAAAUAUGUGGGUGGAGAAUGAAGGGUUCGAUACUCUCUCAUCGUUGGAGGCAGCUGCGGGACCGGUCGCCAUACUCUUUGCAACAGCUGGCGAAGCCACACAUGCGGAAGAAGGCGGGAUUGCCAAUAUUCUGCUGAAGCGCUAUGCGGAAAGGGAAAUCCCUGCGGAAACCGCUCCUGAGACCCAAACGGAAAGCAAGCCCGAAGUGAAAACGGAAGGCGCAUCAGAAACCGCUGAGGCCGGAGAAGGUGGAGCAGAAGCUAAAGAGCCGACCAUUCUUGAGCUCGGCUCGACUAUCCUUACCAAAGCCGAUGGAACCACCUACUCGCCAGUGGUGGAAUUCUUCGAACAUCAUCUAGCCAAAUUCGCACUUCAACGCCAGAAAACUGCUGCCAUUCCAAUCACGUCAACAAUCAAUAACUUGAUGGUCGACACGACAAAGCUGAAAAGCAUACUGGUCCCCAGUCCCGAACGGUGCUUCUCGGAGGUAGCUAGCUUUCUUCCUGGCUUGUCCAGAGACAAGAACGAGCUGCUUCUGAACGAAGUUCAAGUAUGGGUCCGAACGCUCAAUACCCAGCCUGCGAACGUAGAGGGCUUCGUCGAGUACCUUGGAUGGUUGGAGAAAGUCAAGGGAUCGAUGCCAUUAGUCGAACAGCUGUAUGAUGAAGUCUCAAGGCUGUACAAGUUGAUGGAGCAAUACAAGAUCAGCAUCCAACCGACGGACCUUGCCAUGUACCAGACCCUUGGCCCAACCCUCCGUCAGUUGAAAGAGGUUGUAGACAUGGCUUCCGACACCAAGGAUGAGAACAUCUCCAGGUUCUCUGUCGAGCUCGACAAAUCUCUGAAUGACUUGAUGGCGGAAGUAUCCGAGGUUCGGAACCGCGCACAGGACCCAAUGGUUCUCAACGCCGGGGCCAAGAGUGAUAUGGUAAUCAAGUUCCUCGAAGAACUGCGGGAGCAACUGAGUAACGUGGACGCGACGAAAGCGCGGUACGAGCAAUGGGGCUUGCUCUUCAAGAGUGGAGGGAGCCUGUCAGCUGUUCCUAAGGGCGUGGCCGAAGGAAAGCAGCCAGCGCCCGGGCUACCUACUAAGGGCGGGGAUCUGGAGGAAACAAAGGCUGAGGUCAACAUGAAGCGAACCCUGUGGAUGAGCUUGAAAGAUUGGGACACAAUCACCAAGCGCUGGCGCGAGGGUGCAUUCGAGUCUCUGAACACCGAGGAGAUGAAUGCUGAUAUUCAGGCAUAUGUGAAGAUCGUGUACAACCUUGACAAAGGGUUACCUCCAAAUGAGGUUGUCCCCCGAUUGAAAGCAAUGGUCGAUGAAUACCGAGGUCUUUAUGCCACCAUUGUAGAUCUCCGAAAUCCGGCUCUGAAGGCGCGGCAUUGGGAAAAAAUUCAAGAUGCCCUCGGCAAAGUGCUUGUCCGAGACGAGACGUUCACCUUGGAGAAGCUGAUGGAGCUGCGCGUCUUCGACUUCAAGGAUGAAAUCAGCAACGUUUCUAGCCAAGCCGGUUCCGAGGCGGCCCUCGAGGAAAUGUUGGGCAAAGUUGUGAAAACUUGGAACGAGGUGGAAUUUGUCGUUGCAGCGUAUCGCGACGCUAAGGAUGUGUUCAUUCUGGGAUCGGUUGAAGACGUUCAAACACUCCUGGAAGACAGUCAAGUCACCAUUGCCACCAUCAAGAGUUCACGCUUCAUCGGGCCCAUCCGAGCGGAAGUGGAGCGUUGGGACAAACAGCUCAGUCUUUUUACUGAAACCUUGGAUGCUUGGCUGACGUGUCAGCGGAACUGGCUCUACUUGGAGAGCAUCUUUUCUGCUCCAGACAUCCAGCGUCAGCUGCCAGAUGAGGCGAGAAUGUUCUCUCAGGUCGACCGCAGUUGGAAGGACACGAUGCGUAAGGUUCAUCGCAACCCGAACGCGAUGAAAUCAGGCACAACACCAGGAUUGCUGGAGACCAUGCAACAGAACAACGUAUUGCUUGACCAGAUUCAGAAAUGCUUGGAAGAUUAUCUCGAGAGCAAGCGCCUUCUAUUCCCUCGUUUCUACUUCCUAUCCAAUGAGGAACUCCUCGAAAUCCUUUCGCAGACGCGUAACCCGCAAGCAGUUCAACCGCAUCUCAGCAAAUGUUUCGAUGCGAUCAAGUCUCUCGAAUUUUCGUCUACUGAUCCUAAGAGCAUUGAUAUAAAUGCCAUGAACAGUCCGGAAGGAGAAAAAGUUGCAUUCCUGAAGACCAUCAAAGCGCGCGGAAACGUGGAAGCCUGGCUCGGCAACGUGGAAGAGGGAAUGGUGGCUGUCCUGAGGAGGCUAGUCAAGCAAGCGCUCGCCGAGUUCGAAGAUGGAAAACGGUCUGAUUGGGUGAGAGAGCAUGUUGGCCAAGUGGUGCUCACGGGAAAUCAAAUCCUUUGGACCCGGGAUGUCUCCGAAUGUCUGAAAACGGCCAACGCGGUAAAGGCGCUCCAAGCUUUCAAGGAUAAGUGCAUCAAGAACUUGUCUGGCGUUGCCGCACUCGUGCGUGGAGAAUUGACCAAAAUCCAACGAGGCAUUUUGGGUGCUCUCAUCACGAUGGAUGUUCAUAAUCGUGACAUCGUUCAGGGUUUGAUCGACGCAGGCGUAACAGGGAUGGGGGAUUUCGAAUGGACAAAACAGCAGAGAUACUACUGGGACGUAGAUAACGACACUUGCCUCGUGAAGAUGUCCACUUCUACGUUCAUCUAUGGAUACGAGUAUCUUGGCUGCUCGCCGCGGCUCGUCAUUACACCUCUCACGGAUCGCUGCUAUCUGACAUUGACCGGUGCUAUGCAACUGAACCUUGGUGGCUCCCCACUUGGUCCGGCCGGGACGGGGAAGACUGAAACUGUCAAGGAUUUGGCCAAAGCUCUAGCUCGGCAAUGUGUUGUGUAUAACUGCUCGGACGGCAUGGACUACAAGAUGAUGGGCAAAAUGUUUGCGGGACUUGCACAAUCAGGAGCCUGGUGCUGUUUCGACGAGUUCAAUCGGAUUGACAUUGAGGUCUUGUCCGUCAUCGCACAACAGCUUCUGACCAUCAAGAACGCAAAGGACAUGAAGGCCACGCGGUUUAUGUUUGAAAGCAGGGAGAUCCGGCUGAUUGACACAUGCACUGCAUUCAUCACGAUGAAUCCUGGAUAUGCGGGAAGACAGGAGCUCCCGGACAAUCUCAAGGCACUUUUCCGGCCCAUUGCCAUGAUGAUCCCAGAUUACGGCCUCAUCGCGGAGAUCAUGCUGUUCUCCGAAGGGUUCGAGAACGCGAAAGUGCUGGCUGGAAAGGUAGUCAAUCUGUACAAAUUAUGUUCCGAGCAGCUAUCUCAACAGGAUCACUACGACUUUGGAAUGAGAGCCGUAAAGUCGGUCCUCACAAUGGCCGGCGCACUAAAGCGAAAUAACCCGGAGCUCAGCGAAGAGGGCGUCCUCAUCCGCGCUCUGAGAGAUUCGAACUUGCCCAAGUUCUUGGCGGAGGACAUUGGACUUUUCCGGGGUAUUCUUUCGGACUUGUUCCCUGGAAUCAUCAUUGUAGAGCAAGAUUAUGGAGCUUUGGUAGCCACAAUCAAGGAAGUCAUUAUCGAGCGCAAGAUGGAAGUGGUCGAUAGUUUUGUCACCCGUAUUUGCCAACUUUACGAAACGAACAAAAUCAGGCACGGUGUUAUGUUGGUCGGCCCGACAGGAGGUGGCAAAACUGCCUGCUAUGAGAUCUUGCAGGAAGCCUGCAACAGAUUAAAGGAGCGCGCUGUGGCGGAGUUCCAAGCUAUCAAGACUUGGGUCCUCAAUCCAAAGUGCAUAUCCAUGACGGAGCUCUACGGUGAAUUCAAUCUUGCCACGAUGGAAUGGAAGGACGGGCUUAUCGGUUACAUAUUCCGACAGCAAGUCCAAGACAACAGCUUAGACGAGAAGUGGACUGUGUGCGAUGGACCGGUUGAUGCUCUUUGGAUCGAGAACAUGAACACCGUUCUAGAUGAUAAUAAGCUUCUCACGCUGAUCAAUGGCGAGCGCAUCAAAAUGAACAACACGAUGCACAUGCUGUUCGAAGUCGCCGACCUCGCAGUUGCGUCACCUGCGACAGUCAGUCGAUGCGGAAUGGUCUACAUGGAUCCCACCAAUCUUGGGUGGCGCUCUUACAUUCGGAAGUGGAUGGCCCAGUUGCCUGCAAAUGUCAGCGAAGACCUCAAAAAUAUGUUCUGGGGCUUCUUUGACGUGUAUGUCGAUCCUGGUCUUCGCUUCAUUCGCAAGCAAUGUCAGGAGUACAUCAAGUCUGUUGAUCUGAAUCUCGUGCAAAGCCUUAGCAAGCUCUUGCUUACCUUCAUCGUUCGCAAGGAGGUGGAUCUGACAAGGUCAAUAGCCGAUGUCAGAGCCUUGUUCUCCAACCUCUUCGUCUUUUGCUACGUCUGGGCACUGGGAGGCAACUUGGCCGACGGCUUCCAUGACACAUUUGACACUUUUGUUCGCGAUCUCAUCGACGCAAACCCAAUUCCAGAUGUACAGCUGCCUUCGGCAAACAACAUGUUCUGCUACUACGUAGAUUUGAAGACGAAGUCUUUCGCCUUAUGGGAUGAUCUGGUGCCGGCCUUCAAGUACACACAAGACGUUCCUUUCUUUCAAAUGACAGUUCCUACAAGCGACACGGUGAAGUACGAGUACUUCCUGGAAGCGUUGCUGAUGAACGGAUUUCCAACCAUGUUUACGGGAAACACGGGUGUGGGAAAAUCGAUUAUCGUCCAAAGUCUCUUGAACCGUUGCUGCAAGACUUAUGGCUGGGUACCGGUCGCGCUCAACUUCUCUGCACAAACGAAUAGUGCGCAAACGCAGCAAAUCAUGGAGCUCAAGCUCGAAAAGAAGCGGAAGAACAUCAUGGGGGCCCCCACCGGGUUCAACAAGAUCAUUCUCUUCGUCGACGAUCUCAAUAUGCCGAAGUUGGAUACUUAUGGAUCUCAGCCUCCGAUCGAGCUUCUUCGGCAAUACCUUGACUUCCACGGCUUUUACGACCGGGAGAAACUCACAUGGAAGGCCGUGGAAGAUAUUGAGAUAGUAGCCGCUUGCGCACCGCCUGGAGGAGGACGUAACAAUGUGACACCGCGCCUUUUGCGCCACUUCAACCUCUUCAACAUUCCGGCACCCAGUGAGCUAACGCUGGGCAAGAUUUUCCGUGCAAUCGUGGAAGGCUUCUUGCGAAAUGGUUUUGUGCCAGAAGUAAAAGGCGUGGGCGAUGCCAUCGUCAACUCUUCUAUCGAGAUCUACCACAGGAUGUGCGCUGAGCUGUUGCCCACACCUGCAAAAUCGCACUACACGUUUAACUUGAGAGAUCUAUCGAGGGUAGUGCAAGGUGUCCUGCAAGCCCGGCCACAGGUGGUGCAAAACAAGCUUGACAUCGUAAAAGUCUUCUGCCACGAAGCCUCUCGCGUGUUCCAUGAUCGUUUGAUUGACGAAUCGGACAGGUCGUAUUUCAAUAAGCUUCUUUCGGAGCUGGUUGAGAAGAACUUCGGAGUCGCUAUUCCGAAGGAGACGCUUACCCAGAAGCCGAUCUUGUUCGGUGACUUUGGAAAGCGAGGCGUACCUCCAGAGGAUAGGCUGUACGUCGAGAUGGCGGAUAUGAAGGUCAUGAACACUCUCCUAGAGGAAUAUCUGGAGGAAUACAAUGUCACAAACAACAAGGACGUGCGCCUCAUCUUCUUCAUGGAUGCGAAGCAGCACAUCACCAGAAUCAACCGCAUCAUUCGCCAGCCGCGCGGAAAUGCCCUAUUAGUUGGUGUCGGCGGAACGGGCAAGCAAUCCUUAACCCGGCUUGCAUGCCACAUUUCAGAUUACCAGUGCAUACAAAUCGAGUUGACUAGAACGUAUGGUCAGACCGAAUGGCGCGAGGACAUCAAGAGACUAUAUCGAUUGGCGGGCCAGGAUGGGAAGAAUACGGUAUUCCUGUUGUCCGACACGCAAAUCAAAACGGAGACCUUCCUCGAGGAUAUCAAUAACAUCCUCAACUCCGGGGAAGUGCCAAACUUGUUCGAAUUUGAUGAGAGGGAGAAGAUUCUGGGCGAAUUGAGGUCGGUCUGUAGGGAAAAGGGUCUACCAGAAGAUCGCGACAGUGUGUAUCAGUUCUUCAUCAACCGUGUUCGGGACAACCUCCACAUUGUCUUUGCGACGAGUCCUGUCGGUGAUACAUUCAGGACUCGAUGCAGGAUGUUCCCGUCGCUGGUGAACUGCUGUACGAUUGAUUGGUUCGAUGAAUGGCCGCGGGAAGCUUUGCUGUCCGUGUCUCGUCGGUUCUUGGAGUUCGUAGACCUCGGGUCAAAUGCGAUGAAGGAAAAGAUUGCAGAAAUGUGUGUGGACAUUCACGAGUCCGUCGGACUGCUAGCGCAGAAGUUCUGGGACGAACUGCGUCGUCGGUACUACACCACGCCGACGUCGUACCUCGAGCUCAUCAACCUCUACACGGCCAUGUUGCAAGAGAAGCGAAAGGAGCUGGGCUCCUCCCGUGAUCGACUUCGCAAUGGUCUGAACAAGUUACUGGAGACAAACGAGCUGGUGGCAAAUAUGCAGGUGGAGCUCGAGCAAUUGGGGCCGGAACUGAAGCAGAGGGCACAGGACACUGAGGUGCUGAUGGUGAAGAUCGGAAAGGAUCAGGAAACCGCUGAUGGCGUCCGAAAAGUCGUUUCUGAAGAAGAGACAGUGGUCCGAGCAAAAGCCAAUGAGACUGAAGCAAUCGCAGCUGAAGCGCAAAGGGACCUCGAUGAAGCUCUCCCGGCAUUGAACGCCGCCUACAAGGCUUUGGAUGCCUUGGAUAAGAAAGAUAUUGCAGAGUUGAAGGUGUUUACCAAACCUCCAGAUGCAGUGCUCAUGGUGAUGGAAGCCAUUUGUACCCUAUUCAAGACUAAGGCGGAUUGGGACGGUUCAAAAAAGCUUCUUGGAGAUCCUCAAUUCAUGAAGAAGAUGGCUGAGUUCGACAAAGACAACAUCGAGCCAGCUGUUUCGAAAAAGCUGAAGAAGUACAUCGAGAAUCCGAACUUCAAUCCAGACGCUGUAGAGAAAGUUUCAAAAGCAUGUAAAAGCAUGUGUAUGUGGGUCAUCGCGAUGGAUCUCUAUUCGCGAGUGAACCGAGAAGUCGCGCCAAAGCGGAAGCGCCUGGAGGAGGCUGCUGUAGCCUUGGAAUCAACGCGGGCCAAGUUGGCUGAGAAGGCGGCGGCGUUGGCAGAAGUGGAAAAUCAGCUUGCCAAGCUCAAGGCUCAGUACGAGGACUCCAUCGCCAGCAAGCGUGAGCUCGUCGAAAAGAUGGAAGAAACAACGCGACGUUUGGCGCGUGCCGGGAAGCUCACCACAGCUCUGGCUGAUGAACAAGUACGAUGGGCGGAGUCCGUCGAGAAGUUGAAUCAGCAAAUAGAGGAUCUCGUUGGAAACAUCUUCCUGAGUGCAGCCUGUGUGGCGUACUUCGGCGCCUUUACAUCGACGUUCCGCGCUGAACUAGUAGCGGGAUGGAUUAAAAGAUGUCAAGAAAUCGGCAUCCCCGUUUCCGAAAACUUCAAUCUAUUCGACAAUCUGGCGGAUCCUGCCGUCGUCAGAGAUUGGAAUAUCCAAGGGCUGCCAGCUGAUCCGCUUUCCACGGAGAACGGCAUCUUGGUGACGAGGGGACGACGAUGGCCUCUUAUGAUCGAUCCGCAGGGUCAAGCUAACAGAUGGAUCAAAGCAAUGGAAGGCAACGAGCUGAAGAUUGUGAAGCUUAGCGAUCCAAAGUUUUUGAGAUCGUUGGAAAAUGCAGUCAGGACAGGUCAGCCUGUUCUCAUGGAAGAUGUCGGCGAACAGCUCGAUCCAUCACUCGAGCCACUGCUCUUGAAGCAGACGGUGAGACAGGGAGGUCGACUUCUGAUCAAGCUUGGAGACUCCUUCGUGGAGUAUGACCGCAAUUUCAAGCUCUACAUCACGACCAAGCUCGCCAACCCACAUUACUUACCGGAAGUCUGUAUCAAAGUCACAAUCAUCAACUUCACGGUCACGAAGGUUGGAUUGGAAGGACAGCUCUUAGCAGAUGUCGUGCGCUUGGAACGUCCUGAGUUGGAAGAGCAGCGGAACACAUUGAUCGUCAACAUUGCAGCUGACAGGAAGGCGUUGAAAGACAUUGAGGAGCGCAUCCUGAAGUUGCUUUUCAAUUCUCAAGGCAACAUUCUGGAUGACGAGGAGCUGAUCAACACCCUGAACCAAUCCAAGGUCACCUCUGCUGCUAUCAAGGAGCGUGUGGCGCAGGCCGAAGUCACUGAGAAGGAAAUUAACAUCGCUCGUGAGAAGUACCGACCAGUAGCUAUCCGAGGCUCGGUUCUUUAUUUCGUGAUUGCGGAUCUUGCUGGGAUCGAUUCGAUGUAUCAGUUUUCCCUUAAGUACUUCAAGAACUUGUUUUCCACAUGUAUCCAGCACUCCGAGAAAGCCAACGACCUUCAAAAGCGGAUCGAGAUUCUAUGCAAGACCACAACCUAUAGCACGUUCGCGAACGUCUCCAGGGGCUUGUUCGAACAGCACAAAAUGGCAUAUUCGUUCAUGAUCUGCGUUCAAAUCCUUCGGGAAAGCAAAGCCAUUCUCGACUACGAGUGGAACUUCCUGCUUCGCGGCGGAGGUGGAAUGCUAGGUUCAGACCUGCCUUCAAAACCCAAUGUCAGAUGGCUCUCGAACGGGAUGUGGGAGAAUCUGUGCGAUCUAGCGCGAACGAUUCCCGAAUUUGGCUACGCCAUCGAACAUCUGCAGAUGUACACCAUGGAGUGGGAGGCCAUCGUCGAAUCUGACAAUCCUUAUAGCAUGCCAAUACCGGGAGGGGCCGAGAACCAAUUGACCGAUUUCCAGCGAUUGCUUUUGAUCAAAGUGCUUCGUGAAGAGAAGGUUGUGCCUGCUUGCGUCGAAUUCGUCAAGAAGAAUCUUGGACAGGAGUUCAUCGACAUACCACCGCUCGACCUGGCGGUCGCCUACAAGGACAUCGACAACCGCACACCCUUCAUCUUCAUUCUCUCGACGGGCUCAGAUCCCGUGUCCGCGUUGAUGAAGUUCGCGGCGUCCAAGGAAUUGAACAUGCAAGAUCGCCUCCACAUGAUCUCUCUAGGACAAGGCCAAGGACCGAUUGCCGAGCAGCUGUUGCGGCGGGCAAUGGCAUGCGGAGACUGGGUGUUCUUGCAAAACUGUCACUUGGCAGCGUCGUGGAUGAGCCGUCUGGAGACAAUCGUGAAGGAGUUCUCGCAGCCAGAUGCAGAAAUCCACGAAAACUUCCGCAUCUUCCUAUCGUCAAUGCCUUCGAAGGUGUUCCCCAUCGCGGUACUGCAAGACGGUGUGAAGGUGACCAACGAGCCACCCAAAGGCCUAAAAGCGAACGUGGCACGAAGCUUCGCUGACAUCUCCCGCGACCUGUUCGAUGAACAUCCCCCCCAAGGACCACGGUUCCGCAAACUUCUGUUCGGUGUCUGCUUCUUCAAUGCCGUGAUUCAAGAGCGUAAAAAGUUCGGACCGCUGGGAUGGAAUAUCUUGUACGACUGGAGUAACUCGGACCUCGAAGUUUCCAUCACCAUCCUGAAAAACAUGCUUCAGGAGUCCAAGACGAUACCAUGGGAUGCGCUAUCUUACCUCACCGGCGAAAUCACCUUCGGAGGCCGUGUGACGGACGACUGGGAUCGACGGACCUUGCGCUCAAUUCUCGCGCGGUUCUAUACACCUCAGAUUCUGGAUGACUCGUAUAAGUUCUCGCCUUCCGGCAUCUACCAUGCCCCGCCCGACGGCGAUCUGGCCAGCUAUCGCGCGUACAUCGACAGGCUUCCCUUCUCGGAGGAACCUUCAGUGUUUGGCAUGCACGAGAACGCCGACAUCAGCUACCAAAUACAAGAGACUCGGCGGUUAUUGCGAUCUAUUCUGGAAGUCCAGCCAAGGCUAGUUACUGCGGGCGGUGGCAAGUCCAGUGAGGAGAUCGUCACAGGAAUGGCAACGGCCAUCUUGAACGACUGGCCGGCCCCUCUCAUCUUGGAAAUCCCAAUAGAGGGUGAGAAGCGGCCGAAAUCCGCUCGCUUCGCCGGGGGAGCACCUCCAUCCGAGUCCGGCGGCUCCACGAUAGACGACAGUAGCCCCAACCCCGUCCUUCUGGAGCUGUUCAAGAAGGACGAAUCGGGUCGCAUGCUGAACUCGUUGAGCACCGUUCUCUCGCAAGAGGCGGUGCGAUUCAACAAACUCAACAACAUCGUCCGCAACUCGUUGCAGAACCUUGUGAAGGCUGUGAAAGGUCUCGUCGUUAUGAGCUCGGAGCUGGAGCUGGUUUUCAAGAGUUUGCUCAACAACGAGGUCCCACAUGCUUGGUCCGCCCACGCCUACCCCUCCCUCAAGCCGCUCGGCGCCUGGGUCAAAGACUUCCACAAACGCAUGGCCUUCAUCAAGGAUUGGGCCGACAACGGCCAACCCACCGCCUUCUGGCUCCCCGGCUUCUUCUUCCCACAGGGAUUCCUCACAGGAGUCCUGCAGAACCACGCGCGCAAAUACAAUAUCCCCAUCGACACGCUCACGUUCUCGUAUAAAGUCCUGGAUUAUGAUGAGGGCGACCCGCGAGCGUACGGCGGGGGCCAGCCUGCGAGUGGGAGUGAUCCGUCGAGGGUUGGGACGGCGGCGUCGGAUACUAGCCGCCCGAUUACGGCCGCGCAAUCGAGUCAGGAUGGGGUGCUGGUUCAUGGGUUGUUUAUGGAGGGUGCUCGAUGGGAUCGGGAGAAACGGUUGUUGCAGGAUUCGUUUCCUAUGGAGAUGUAUUCGACAAUGCCUCUCAUCCGCUUCAUCCCCGUUCCCACCUCGCAAGCCCAAGGCGGCUCCGGCAUCUUCGUCUGCCCGCUCUACAAGACCUCCGCCCGAGCCGGCACACUCUCCACUACCGGCCAUUCGACGAACUUUGUCGUGCCGUUAAACAUCCCGUCGGAUCGGCCGGCUGAUUAUUGGAUUUCCAAAGGUGUCGCGCUGCUUUGCCAGCUUAACGAAUAAGGGGCAGGAGCAUGGAUCGCUAGGAGAGGGAUGUAUGUAAUCUGCGUGUAUAUAAGAAUUGUAUUCUUCAUAACAAUAUGAGAGAGAUCGUUACGCCGAAUUGUGUGCUAUCC